AUGGCAUCCAUAUUCACCUACGACCCUGACCCUCCCCGGGUUUCCUCCCCGUGGUCGACUUCUGGGUCAUCGACACCCCAGAUCACCGCAGCCAGUGGAAGAGGACUAUCAAUACGGACGAAAUCCAGUACAGCUCUGGAUCAUGCAGAAGCAGACUUCCUGUCCGACUAUGGAAUCACCAAAUUAGAGCCCGAACCCCAAGAGGGUCCUACUGAGUACAAGUUGCAUCUGCUACUCCGCCCGCGACGGCCAUAUAUUUCCAUGUCAACAGGCCACGUGGUCGCAGGCUCUUAUCAUUGUCGUACGGCCGUUGGGAGCCAGCAACCACCUUCACAGGCGCCAUCUCCACUCCAGUAUGCGACUACCCCGCGGCCCAUGCAAGCGAAGUCCAGCCAGAGUCGCCAGCAACGGCUGCAAGGGCUCACAACUCAAUUACUAUGGCGAUUGCAGCAGUCAUCGCCAUUUCAUUCAUCUACUACUGCAAGUCUUGUUGUUCCAGUCCUUCCAGAGACGACACUGCCUACCAAGCCCGCUCGAUUGCUACCUGGCCUUGAAGAAAGCCAAGGCGCUUUGUAUGAGAUUGGAGUUGCCGAUGAUGGAACCUUUGUGGGCCUCACUCAAGGUGAACUUGAUGAGAGUAUAAUAAAUCUACAAGCCAUGGCUGCGAGUCUCGGGUGCAAGGUGGAGAUCCUCCGCAGGGUUCUUGUCGGGAAAUGCGAGUGGGCAGAAGACUGCUCAACCACGCCGCAAGAAUCAGCCCAAACCCAAAAGGAAGACCUCUGGGUUGCAGAAGCUCUCGUCAGCCCCGAUCUUGAUUUUUACAACCUCUCCCCGGCCCUGACAAGGAAGAAUACCGACGAUACAUCAAAGGCAGUGCCUGUGGCCAAUUCCGUCUUGGAAGAGGAAUCUUCACAUACCGAGCAAAUUCGAAUAUCAAUAGCGGGACCUAGUACAGCGGGAAAGUCCUCAUUACUGGGAACAUUGACCUCUUCUACUCUCGACAACGGCAGAGGUUCAAGUCGACUAAGUCUACUCAAGCAUCGACACGAGAUAUCAUCGGGAAUUACCAGUUCCGUGGCACAGGAGCUCAUUGGAUAUGCAGCAGAUGAACCGCCCGCUGUGAUAAAUUAUGCGUCUGGGAAUGUGGCAGCAUGGAAUGAUAUCCAUGCUGCUUCGCGCGGUGGUCGCCUGGCUUUCGUCUCUGACCUUCCAGGAUCCGUGCGAUACAUGAAAUCUACAUUACGGGGGCUAGUCAGCUGGGCGCCACACUAUGUGUUGCUCUGUAUUCCAGCGAACUGCGGAGCAGAGACAACAGAGGCUGAAGCGGGCACCGAACAAGUUUCCGAAAUCGACCUCUGCCUUGCCUAUCUCACUCUAUGCUUAAAGCUCGAGGUCCCCGUGCUAAUCGUCAUCACGAAACUUGACGUGGCAUCUCGAACUGGUCUUCGGGAGAAUCUCGCCAAAGUUUUGUCGGCCCUGAAGACCGCAGGAUGCAAGCCUGCAGUACUACCGGCAACGCCUGCAGCCGACAAACCCUUCGAUUUACAUCAAGUUAGCACUGCGGACCGGGCCGAGGUCCAAAAGGUCAUCAAAGCCUCAAAUGGAGAUUGGCCUCACACAGUACCAAUAAUCCUCUCCAGUGCCGUGGAUGGCACCGGGAUUGGCAAACUGCAUGCCUUCAUGCGCUACUUACCCAUUCCCGAACGUCCGCCUCAAAGAACACACCGUCUCUCCGAACCCACGGCCACAAAGCAAACAAAAGCCAACUUCUUCGACGUGGACGAAGUCUUCGCCAUUCCCCCAUCAAAGGUGUACUCAGUAUCCACCGAUAAGGGCAACGAGAGUAGGGGAAUGGUACUAUGCGGUCUAGUCCGACACGGCAGCAUCGCCAUCGGUGACGAAAUGACCCUAGGCCCAAUCCUAGUCGACACAACCGCGGACAACGAAAAGGAACCAACGCCCCUCAGUCUUCUCUCCCGUAGCAGCGGGCCCGGACCAUCGGCCGGAUUCCCAGCCUCAUUCGCAGCAAGCGUUCCAGCCAAGGACCCCAGCGCCCAGGCGAAAUGGCAACGCGUUCGAGUAGUCAGCGUGCGCGACCUCCGACUCCCCGUCCACAGACUCAAACAGGAUCAGGUCGGAACUAUUGGAAUCGAGGUCCUCGCCUCGCCUCCCGAGGAAGGCAAUAUGCCUCGCAUUAGCCGAAUCCGCAAGGGAAUGGUCUUGACGGAUUUUCACCCGGCAGGCGAUUCGUUCCUCCCCCGGCCCCCUUCGACCUUGUCCCUGCCCUUUCACACUGGAUUCACGGCAACGUUCCCGGCCUCUGCAUUCUCGGCGCCGAGCUCGCCGCCGCUGUUACUGGGCGGUAAUGCUAUCGCAUAUAUCGCCAAUAUUAGGACGACGGUCCGGGUAGUGAGUAUGGCGUUGGCCGGUGCGAAUGACGAACUUGUCUCGGAACCUCCAUCGCCGUCAGAGCCUGAAUUUUUCUCCUUUGAUGGGGAUAACUCACCCUCCCCGGGACAGGAGAAGGCUGAUGGUGGUGGUUCUCAAGUGAAUGGUGCGAAUGGGAUUCGUCGACGGCAAUCCGCGACAGAUAUUAGCAAAGUUGUCCCAAAUCAUGCCACGGGGAAUGGUGUCGAUGGAAAGGACGGCACGUCUGUGCCAUCUGAGACACUGCAUGAAGAUGUCAAGAUUACCUUUGCUCUUGUCACGUCUGUGGAGUGGAUUGAACUUGGUUCAAGGGUUUUGGUCAUGCCUGGUAUCACGAUGGGACCGUCGUCAGGUGUUGGGAUGUCGACUCCGGCGUCUGGGGCUGCGGCCGUUCCUGCUAUGUCGGGACUGGAAGGGUUUGUUGGUACUGUGUGUGAGGUUAUUCCUUGGGGGGGCCUCCGGUGA